ACAAAUAAAUACAAAUAUUAGAUAUGAAGCAAAGUUAUGAACCGAAAUAAAUUAGAAUUGGGCUAUAAAACUGAAAAAUGAUAAUUUAUAAAUAUUCAUUCUGUGUGAGACUUCAAGAUGUCAGCCUCCAAGAGGAAGAAUAAAAGUGAUGACUCCUUCGUGUUUAUCGAUCCAACAGAUAUACUUUCCAUAAAUCUGUCCGGAGAUACUUCCAAAGAUAUAUGUUCCAGAAGCACACAGUCAGCUAAUGAAGAAUUGCAAAAUCAGGUGUCACCAAUAAGUAAGAGGACUGAACCAUUAAGCUUACAGAGAUUCCAGGAGUUUAUAGAUACAGAUGGUCGACUGGUAGAUGAGUCAUCAUUGAGACGAACAGUAUUUUUAGGUGGUGUAGAACCCAGUGCCAGGAGAGAAGUUUGGCAGUACCUAUUUGCACUGUAUCCAUGCUCUUCUACAAAAAGGGAGAGGGAAGUGCUGCUGUUGGAUUAUAUAGUCAAAUACAAUGAGAUGAAGUCCAGAUGGAAAACACUGCUAGUACUCAGUGCUCAACCAGGAGCAACCAAAUUUGAACAAGGUCUAGUUGCAAGGUACCAGCUGGAUGACUCACAGAGCGGUUUACUAAGCCCAGACCUGGAAACCAGUAACCCACUGGCCAAUGUAGAAAACUACAAUCACGACAUGCAAGCCGUACAGACAGACGGGCUAGAGUCAGAUUUCAACACAUUGUCAAAAAACUGUGAAUUUUUAGAUUUUAACAGUGAAGAGACUAAACAGAAAAUAGAGUUUAUGAAAAUACAGGCACAGGUAUAUGUGAAUAGAUGUAAGAUAGAUGUUACGGGUAUGAAGAGUUAUUUACGGCUGAUAGACAAAGAUGUUCCUAGGACGGACAGGGAUGUGCCAUACUUCAAGGAAUCAAAAUCUAAUCAGCUAUCAAUGUUACGGGAUAUAUUAAUAACAUAUGCAACAUUCCAUUCAGACGUAGGUUAUGCCCAGGGCAUGAACGAUAUCCUUGCAAGAUUCCUGUUUAUAUUUGAUUCUGAGGUUGAAGCAUUCUGGUGUUUCCAUAAUUAUUUGGACAAAAUAAAAAAUGAUUUCCUAGAAGAGGGUAUGAUAAAAAAGAUAGAGUUAGUGAGAAAGCUGUUACUAGAGAUGGACCCAUUGUUACUGGAGCAUCUACAGAGGCAUGACCUUGGUGACCUCCUCUUCUGUCAUAGGUGGUUGUUACUGGGAUUUAAGCGUGAAUUUAGCUUCAUGGAUUCAUUACGGGUGUUUGAAAUACUGAGCAGUCAUCACUUAGAGUUAUCCUCCGUCGAGGCAGAGACAGCGAAAAGAAAACAAGCCAUGAAGGAAUUUGUGAAACAAGGGGGAGUAACUAGAACAGAGCCGAUAGAUACUGAUGCUGAAUACACGUUUGAACUGUUUAUGUGUGUGGCAUUGCUGGAAACAUGUAGAGAGAGAUUGUUCAGAUGUUAUGAUGCCGCAAUGGUUUUUGACUGUAUAAAUCACUUGGAGAUAAAUCUGGAUUCAAUACUAGAGAAAUCGGAACAUCUUUUCUUCAGAUACUGUAAAAAGACGGUGGAAAAUAGUUUUCAAAUUGUAGACACCCCUGUAGUUAACAGAUGAUGUCAUUCUUUAUGUGUGCAGGUACAUAUGUGAAAAAAGGUGUAUAUACUAAUAAAUGUGUGCUCUAUUUCUUGAUUAAUUAAUUAAGUGGUAUACUGAACCUAAACAUGUGGCAAGAUCACUUUGACACUUAUAUGAAAUACAUGUUGGUGUUUUGUAAUUAAAUUGUACAUUUUCUAUGAUAAAUAAUAAAUGCACUAUUAAUUUAAUAAGCACACAUUCAACAUAAAGUGGUAAGAAGCAGUUUUUUCCCUUCUGACACAGUUACAUUACCGGUUGUUAGAAUUUCAAUAAUUACACUGACUCUAGGAGUAUAUAAAUUGAAUUUAAUGGUUCAUAUACACAUGAAUCGGCUAUAAACAACCUAUAAACAUUGCAAUUAAUAUUUUGUUAAGUUUUAGAUUUUUAUACAAAAAAAAGUCCAAUCUGACUUGCUACAAAAGAAGCAUUUUAGGUACCCCUUUCUGGACCUCUUAUAGAAUAUGCCUCUUGUUUAACAGGUGGUGUUACCAGGGUAGCGACAACUUGAAGUUUGUUUUGAUGUAGAACUGUGAAAUGUCUACAGAGAUAAAGUUUAAGUAUUGCCAAAAACUGUGAUUUAAUGUCAAGUUUUUCAUGCCAUCCAGUGAAAUGUUGUAAUUAUUUGUCUUUUAUAAAAUGCUACUGUUCGAUAAUUUAAGCUUGUAAGAUUCUUUCACUGUUUGAAGAUACAGAUGGGAAUAUCUGGCUUGAGGGGAACUAUUUAUGUUUACCGCGGAUUAAACAGUUACUCAAGGUCCAGAUUUUCCCAUCCACAUUUACAGCCAGUGAUAGAAUCUUUCUCUUGCUUACCGUAUUCAAGAAAUAAUCACAUGGAUGAUUUUCUUUUAUCACUUUUUAUUAGCGCGACUAUACGAAGUAUAAGGAGAGCUAUCCUACUCGACCAGGCGUUGGCGUCUUUCCACAUCCCCACCUUGGUUAAAGUUUUUUUUUACACUUUCUCUUUUUUCAACUUAUCUCUGUAAUUACUUGAUGGAUUUGAUUCAAACUUGAAAUAGUUAUUUCUCAUCAUCACCCACAUCAUCUGACAUAAGGGCCAUAACUCUGGCUCCAAUAUUUCAUGAUUUAUUCCCCCUUUUCACAUUGAUUUUAAGGUUAAAGUUUUGAUGCACUUUCACUCUAUCUCUGUUAUUACUGAAUGAAUUUGAUUCAAACUUAAAAUAGUUGUUCAACAUCAUCACUCACACCAUAUGACACAAGGUGCGUAACUCUUGCACCAAUUUUUCAUGAAUUAGUCCCCCUUUUUACUUAGAAUUUCAGGUAAAAGUUUUGAUGCACUUUGACUCUAUCUCUGUUAUUACUGAAUGGAUCUGAUUCAAACUUAAAAUAAUUGUUCAGCAUCAUCACCAACACCACAUGACACAAGAUGCAUAACUCUUGCACCAAUAUUUAAUGAAUUAUGCCUCCUUUUUACGUAGACUAUACUUAUAUAGUGUUUUGAUACACUUUAUCUUUACCUCUCUUCUUAUUUAAUAUUUUUGACACAGACUCCAGCUAUUGUGCAAUAUCUUCAUCCGCCAUUGGAGUUAAUGAAAGCUCUAGUGACAGUUCGUUUCCUCAGAUGUGCCCAGUUUCACUAUCUAGCAUUGAAAUAGUCGAGCGCGCUGUCUCCUGUGACAGCUCUUGUUUCCUAUAGUCGCGUAUUUAAACAAGGCAUGUGAAAUCAAUGUACAUAAACCAGAAAGACAUCAUGAUGUUUCAAAGACAAAUAACAAUGUUUAGUCCUGAUUUUGUUUAGCACUUGCAGCAUAACCUUAUGUAUUUUGGAUAAAAUGGCUUUUUUUUAAAUUGAGGAAUUUACUAUAAUGAACAAAGAGGAACUAGUGAGGUGUUUGAACUUUAUUCUGUAUUAUGUAAUAAAAUAUAACUUACUGCAUAAUUCUUCAAUAAAUAAGAAGUUCGCUAUACAUCAUUUACAGCACGAGUGUCAUCAUGCACCCUUGGGUGUAAGAUAGAGUUUUCUAGUACCACUGAAAAUGCCAGAAAUCCCCAUCAAGUAUGCAAGAAUCAAAGUGAUAAUGGUAUAGCUCUUUUUGCUUGUAAAUAUAAGUAUUUCUCCGCCUAAUUGUUGUUCUAAAAUGGCUCUUAGAUUGUUGUUGUUCUUGUUAUACUUCUUCUUACAUAAAUUAUUAAAUUUCAAAAUUUUUCAUGUCAUCAGAAGGAACAUAGAGAGAAUUCUUAAUAAAGUGUUGAGUAUAUGUUAAUAAAUGGGAAAGCAGUGCUUUUGAUUGAUGAUGCUCCUGGCAAGGAGAUGAUAGCCUGAGGGCUAUUCUCUUUUUCAGAGGCUAUAAUUGUUUUUUUUCAAUGGCAGUUAUCACUCAAAGACAACCUCCUCCCAUGUAAUUACCUGUUUAUUACAUAGUUACAUGUAAUAUAGUAAGAAAAGUCUAGUACAUGUACACUUUUUUAUUGGUACUAUUGGUACUAGUAUCUGCUAACAUAAAAAUGUUCAGCAUUUAUAGGCUAGUGAUUCUACGCAAUUCUAUAAAAACCAGCUGCCUUUACAGUUGUUCAUUGUUGCUUAUAGUAUGGUUGUGGAAUAAAAUAAGUUAUUUCAAGAAAAAUACAUGGCAUUAUGCUUCAGAUAAAUAAAACUAAUGCUGAACUCAGCUUUUUUUGCCUCUGUGAAAUGACAUGACGUCAUUUCUCUUUACAGACUUAAAUUUCCCACGCUAAAGUUGGGGUUAUGAUCAGUAAUGGCACAGGGGCCAACAACAAAAAUGUAAUAUUGCAACAGAAUUGCCAGCAUAACUUUAUUACUAUUUAUAGAUACUUAUGUAAUAAGUUUUGAUAAUAAGUAAAUAACCAGUAAUGCAUGCAAUAAAAAGUUUACUGAUUUUUGAGUCGGCUAAACGAUGUAAUCGUUUUGACGAGUCCUUGCUAUCCAGCGAUUCUCUAAGUCUAAAUGGACCAAAUAACACAGUGAAGCGAUGUAGUUCCAUUAGAUUUCUCAAACUUCAAACAGUUCACUGCAAGAAUGAAGUUAAGUUGCGUGAAUUCCCUUUGCUAUGACCAAUAUACGAUGUAAUCUGUCAUAUUUAUGACUUGUAAUUGUGCAAUACUCGAAUGUAACUCAUUAAGCAUAAAUGUGCAUUUUAUGAAUUGCGCAGGCUUACAAAGCUUGCGUAACAUCCAGCGAAAGACAAAAAAUAGUUCCACAGGGCUCCAGAUAAGAUGCGUAUUAGCGUAAAUUACGUAUAGAAAUAAUGCAAAUACGCAUGUCUAAUAAUUUCUAAACGUAUAUAAAAUUACAGAAAUGCACACAAUGCUUUUUUAAAAACAAAAUCUGAAUCGUCUGGAUGCGUUAGGUAACAUAGCCGAUCCCGAUCAGCCUUAAUUCUCCUACAUUGAACGUAUACACGCAUCGUAUGAUUUCUAUAAACUUUGCGUGGGUUUCUACACACACACAUGAAUUUUGCAGUCAGUAAACGGAUAAAUUAUCGGAAGAAGAAGCUCUUACUGGUUUGUUUAGUUACUACAGAUAUUAAAAAUGAUUUUAAUUCUUAUUUUUCGAGAAAUAAACAAAUCGGCGAAACAUUAAA